UUUAGUUCUUCCUCUUUCGCGAGGGAGCAUUCGUGGCGCUAGGGUUUUUGGCGCUCGUGGCGCUGCGUGGCGAUGGCGGCCGUCACGUACCUGGAGCAGCAGAGCCGAUUGGAGCCGGAUCUUGCCGAGUGGUACAAUGAUCUGGCGCAUCUAUACCGGCACAAGCUCUGGCAUCAGCUCACGCUCAAGCUCGAGAAAUUCUUCCAGCACCUCCGGGAUGGCAAUGACAUGAUCAAUCUCUACCACGAAUUCAUCACGGACUUCGAGUCCAAGAUCAAUCACCUCAAGCUCGCUCACUUCGCGGUGAUCGUGUCGCAGCACUACGAGGAGAAGGAGGUAGCGAUCUCCUACUUGGAGGGCGUGAUUGGCAAGCUCCGGGCGACUGGCGACAGGCGCGUGGAGGAGCCCGUGCUGUACGUGAAGAUGCAAAUAGCCGCAUUGAAGCUCCAGAAGGGGGAGCUAAAGGAAUGCAAGGUGCUGCUGGAUGAGGGCAAGAGCACACUCGAGAGCAUGACCGACGUUGAUCCGUCGGUGCACGCCAGCGUCCAUUGGGUGUCUUCACAGUACCACAAGUCCAAGCAAGAGUUCACUGGCUUCUAUCGAAGCGCUCUUCUCUACUUGGCUUACACGUCAGUGGAGAGCCUGUCGGAUUCCUUCAAGCUGGACCUGGCUUUCGACUUGUCCUUGGCAGCGCUCUUAGGAGAUAACAUUUACAACUUUGGAGAACUUCUUGCGCACCCUAUAGUAAACAGCCUUCAAGGCUCCUCUGUGGAGUGGCUGUACCACAUUCUGAUGGCGUUCAACACUGGCGAUUUGGCAAAGUACCAAGUACUCUGCGAGAGAUGGGCAGACGCUCUGUCCGCGCAACCGUCCCUCGUGGAGAACAAGAAGAAGCUGUGGGAGAAGAUCAACAUACUGUGCUUGAUGGAAAUCAUCUUCAGCCGCCCCUCCGACGAGAGGACCAUCCCUCUGGCGCUCAUCGCCGAGCGAACGACUCUACCGCUGGAAGAGGUGGAGCAUCUCUUGAUCAAGAGCCUAUCGGUCCAUCUCAUCGAAGGCAUCAUCGAUCAGGUGGAUGGAACCGUCCGUAUCUCGUGGGUCCAACCGAGAGUUCUGGGAAUCCCGCAGAUUGCAGCGUUGCGUGAUCGACUCGACAAUUGGUUGCUAAAGGUUCACUCGACGUUGUUAGCUGUGGAGUCUGAAAUUCCAGACUUGGUCACAACUUAGCUUGCGCCAAAAUCUUCUCUUCUCCUUUUUUGUGUUGUGCCGAGAACAAUUCAUUUGACAAAAGAGAGUCGUUUCUUAGACGAA